AUGUCCACGUGGAAGGCGAGGCUGGCCAAAAGACUGAAAUCUCCCCCCUCCAGAAGGAUGCAUCCGUUUCCAUGCUCGGCUCUGCUCGCUUGCUUUGGGAACGCCAGGGAGAAUGCGCCCUUUGAUCAGCCCAGCGUGGCUGAUGGUCACGCCACCGUCUACGUGCAGCCCGUGGCCAGAGCGGGUCACCCAAGUCACCCGAGAGCAGCACCCGAAGGAGCUCCAGAGAAGAGGAGAGAUGCGGGCCCCCACGCCGAGAGGAAUGGCCGCGCGAACCGGAACACGGGUAACCACACGGCUGCCCGGCCUGCUGAGACAGCCGAGGAUGGGCCCGGGUCCCUGGACGGUGAAGCCGACUGUGAAACGGCUACUUUUCAGGCUUCCAUCCCCAGACCAUCAAUUAUUGACAAGCCAAAGGAAGAAGAAUUUCAAGAAGAACCUAAAUGCCUCGAGCCGGAACAGAAGAUGACAUCAGACGGCCCACCUGAGGAUACUGAUCCUAAGGACUUAUAUCUCAUCCCAAGAAACAUCAUGGCCGAGCCAGACUAUAUAGAAGAUGACAAUCCUGAACUAAUUAGGCCUCAGAAACUGGUCAAUCCUGUUAAAACCUCCCGGAACCAUCAGGAUCUUCACCGAGAACUUCUUAUGAAUCAAAAAAGGGGUCUUGCCCCUCAGAAUAAGCCAGAGUUGCAGAAGGUGAUGGAAAAGAGAAAACGAGACCAAGUAAUAAAACAGAAGGAAGAAGAAGCACAAAAGAAGAAAUCUGACUUGGAAAUAGAACUAUUGAAACGGCAGCAGAAGCUGGAACAGCUUGAACUGGAAAAGCAGAAACUGCAAGAAGAGCAAGAAAAUGCCCCAGAGUUUGUGAAGGUGAAAGGCAAUCUCAGGAGAACAGGCCAAGAAGUCGCCCAAGCCCAGGAGUCCUAGGCCUAGGCUGCACGGAGACCUUGUAUGUCCCCGCCUGUCACCACACAGAGCUGUAUCUAUAGGUGUGUCCUUGGCACCCAUCUCAGGGUAGAAGCCCCUGGAGAGAAUGCCAGCCAGCAGAGAAUUUUGACUUUGAAAAGGAUUUGGUUUGAUUUUCCUACAACCUGGGUGGAUAAAUUGCCUAUGACAAUUGCAGUUCCUAUUCGCCAAAUGAAGGGCGUUGCCCAGCACUUGAGUUGGAAUAAUGGACCUAUGUUCAGAGACUGAAAAACAUCACAGGCAAAAGCAAAAAAGAAAAGAAGAAGAGGACACUGGAAUCAGUUCCUGAGAGUUGCACUGCUUGGGUUUUCUUCCAAUCCCAGUUUAGUUGGGGCAUGGAGCCUUUUUUUUAUAAAAAGCUAAAAAAAAGGUGUUUAAUUCUUCUUUUUUGUUCUCUGUUAGAUAAUUUAAAUCACAUGAAAAUGUGUUUAAUCUGUUACAUUCAAUAUUUGUAGAUUUUAUUUUGAGGACCCAAAUUUUCUUGUUUAAUUUAUGAUUUCACUCGUGUUAGAAUUAACACCAGAGAAUAUUCAUGUUGACCACAGCUGUUACCUUUCUUGGCACUAAAUUUAGAAAUAGGAUAAGAAGGUUUAAAAGCAUGUAAACAUCCAUCUUGAUCCUCGUUUAAUUAUCUUGGUUCUCUGUGUAAUAAUAGUAUGCUACAUAGUGACAUUCCAUUCUGAGAAGGUACACCAUGUAAAUUCACUAUUGCUUUGAUAACUAGUAGGGUUUGUGUGUGUGUGUGUGUGUGUGUGUGUGUUUAAAAUUUCUUGCUGUGCUAAUUUUUCUAGAUAAAAUAAUCUCCCAAUCCUUUGGAGAAUGGAACUAGUUCAUACAACCCAACUCAGUAUCAAAGGUCCAGUAUCUUCGUUUCUUCUGAGAGGCAUGUGGGGAAAGUUUUCAUUAGGAACUGGUGGGUGAGGACUUCUUUAGGUAUUUUAAUAUGAAGCAAGUGCAGAUUGGUCCCAAAGAGGCUUCUUUGGAAGACUUGCAGCAUUUGAAUAUCUAAUGAUAAUGAAUAUCAUUAGAACCCAAGCUUUGAACAUUUCUGGUUAAUGAUCCUAUAUUUCUUUACCUUUUUUUUCUUGUGAAGAAAGACUGUUUCACAUCUCACAGCGGCGAUGUGGUUGACGAUGGUGACAUCAAUGACUACUGUGUUGCAUCUCAGGAAAAGCUGAGGGGAAGUGGGGACAGCGGGGAGGUGACUGUUCAGUUCCCUCAAGCUCUUCAGAGAGAGACCCAAGUUGCAAAUAACAGCAGCAUUCUCAUGCAGAAUUCAUCUUAUGCUGCUGGUGUGCGCACGGGUACCUUCUCCUUGGGGUGAUAUGGAAUCACUUUUGCGGUUUGAGUAUGUUCUCCAUAGAGACAACUCAGCCAGUCAUCUCUCUACAUUGCAGAUGCUUCUGCUUCCUUUAAAGAUUCAUAGAAUGCUGAAUACAGAGCUUUUCAACCCUUAACUAGCACAGUAGAAAUGAGCUUUCUCUGGGAAUGCUUUAGUCCUAGCCGUUGACGAUUAGACCCCUUUUCAAUCCUAAUGUGAACAAAAGUGAACACGAUGAUAAUAUACUUGCUAUUUAGAGAAACAUGUUAGUUGAUUACACCUGAAAUGGAUUAUGUAUCUCAUCAGCAAGUAUUAUUUGAAUAAAAUAAGAGAUGCAUCAGAUAAAAUGUUGCUCUAUAAUAGUUUGCUUUUGAAGAUUGGAGUGGUAACUAUUUUUCCAUCAUUUCUUUUGAGAGAAGAGAAUGUGAUCACUGAUCAUCUUGAAAGUACACUCCUGAUUGCACAUUGGCUGGCGUUCUUCAUAUAUGGACUGGUGAUGCUGUUUCUCAAAUGAAGACAGACCUGGCUCCUAUCUUUUUAUCUAACUGGAAGCUAGAUCUUGAGAUCCGUAUCCGCAAAGCAAUUCUGCCAUUUGACAAAAUUCUCAAGGGCCUGGACAGGCUUCUUUAAAAGGUCCAAUUCUGUUCCUAGAACUUAACUAGAAUUUAUUCUUCACUGGGAAAAAGUUCAUUUAAAAAAGCCCCCCCCCCCCCAGUCUCCCUUAAAUCUGCAGAAAUAUUUGUAGUCAGUGAUACAAAGUCUGGCCAAAAGAAGACUUGUAAACAGCAUAACGUGGUGUCUUAUGCUCAGCGAUGGAAUGUUCAGGUGAAACAGCUCUUUGAAGUUGGGGAUUGACUGGGCUCACAAGCCUGAUACUGUACAACCCAAACCCCUAAGAUUUGAACAUCUGAGCAGUUUUGUGCUUUGAGCCACUUUUUGACAAAAAUGGCUCCAUUUUUCCACUCUGUGAUUUUCUUAAGCUAGUUCAGUGUUUUAUAGUCUCACAGUAGUAAAGUCGUGUUGCUUUCUAAGCUAUAACAGUUGACUUUAUUCUUCUACUCUGAAAAAUGUUGACUUGUUUGAGUGUAUAUAAUAUAUAUAAAGGGAGCCUUAAUGGAUUUGUUUUCAUAAUUUAAUAUUUUUUGUAUUUGCUCUUGUACAAUUGUUUUUAAUGGAAAGUAUUACAGAAUUGAGGGUGGAAUUCUUAGAACCAAAGUUAUUCUUAAUAAAAAUCACCACAUGCUUGGACCAUGCAA